AUGUCGAAGCCGCCCUCCAGAGUCGUUUUCGUGGGCAAUAUCCCGUAUGGCCUUUCCGAGGAGCAGAUCAGCGACAUCUUCAGCAGCGCAGGCAAGGUCCUGAACUUCCGCCUCGUCUAUGACCGCGAGACCGGGCGGCCAAAAGGCUUUGGCUUCGCAGAGUACCCCGACAAUGAUUCAGCAGCAUCCGCGGUUCGCAACCUCAACGACUACGAGAUCAUGGGUAGGAAACUGAGAGUCGACUUUUCCAACGAAGGAGGCAGCGACGGUAACGACGACAAUCACGGACACCAGCAGGGCCGAGACGCUGGCAAUACCUCCUACGCCUCGAACGGUUAUAACCCAGCCGCGCCCCCAACGCAACCGAGCACACUUCCUCCCCUACCAGCCGGCAAGGAACUCCCUCCCAAUGUGACGGCAACCGACGCAAUUUCCCGCACGCUUAACACGCUGCCCCCCUCCCAGCUCCUGGACAUUCUCACACAGAUGAAGGCGCUGGCCUCCUCCGACCCCGCCAGGGCUACGGAGCUCCUCCAGCAGGCGCCGCAACUGGCCUACGCGGUCUUCCAGGCUCUCCUCUUGAUGGGUCUCGUGUCUCCGGAGGCGAUCCACUCCGUCAUCGAAGCCGGCGGUGCGCCCUCCGCGACCCCGGUCCAGGCUGCGCCGAUCGGUUAUCCGCUCCAGCCCCCCGCCCCGGGCUUUCCUCCCGUGCCCGUGCCGGGUGCUAACAACACCCCGCCCGUCUCUGGCACCCCCUAUGCACCACCACCGCAGCAGGUCUCGUACGGUGCGCCGCCCCCGCCGGCCGCCGGGGCUUUGGGCCAGGAUCCGGACGCGCUCAUGCGGCAGGUUAUGGAGCUGCCAAUGGAGACGAUCAAUAUGCUCCCCGAGGCCGAAAGGCAGCAGAUUCUAGCACUUCGUGCAAGCUUUGGUGGACAGAGACGAUGA